AUGAGUUACCAGGUCUCGUCCGGCUUCCUGCAGAAGUUCUCGCCCAAGGAGAUCCACGAGCUCAAGCGCGUGUUCAAGGAGCACGAUCACGACUACGCCGCUGCGGUGCCCGUGGCCGCGCUGCACUCGGUGCUGCUCCACCUCGGCGAGAACGUGACGCCCGCGCAGACGACUGUGUUGUUGCAGCAACUCAAGCGCGCGCGACCUGAUUGGCUCACGUUCCAGGAGUUCCUCGACCUCUUGUUUGAGUUUCGCAAUGGCGCGAUUGUAUUGGACCCUGCGUUGCUCGUGGACGCUAAAGUUGCUGGAGCAACUCGGCUGGACCACAAAGUUGCGGCUCUGUCGCUGGCACCUGGUCGAGACACUUGUGUACCCAAGUCGCCGGUCGCUGAGUCGACCUGUGGAUCCGUAUCGGCCAAUCACAAGACGGCAAAUUCAACGUGGCCACCGACGCAGUCGACCACAGUCGGGUCGCCGUUUACGCCCAAAACGCUGUGGCCGCCUGCGAAGAGUUCCACUGGACCAACUGCUGGCACAGUGCCGCCCGUCACGAGUGCACCGCAGUGGCCGUCUGCUGCUGCUUCGAGUGCUUCGACUGCUGCAACGUGGGGCUACACGCCGUCAAGUGCUUCCCAAGCCCGAGCUCCUGCUGCAGGUGUGCCGCAGAGUAAGCCGCAGUGGCCUCCUGCAGGAGCGAGUGACUCGGCAGCGGUCAAGUCGCCGUCUACACAUGCGGUGGCGUCGAAAUGGCCUCCAGGCGGUGCUACUGCUACUGCGGGUGGUGACAAAAGCCCGAUGAAGUCGCAGUGGCCACCGGCAGGCGGCAACUCGCCUCGAUGGCCGCCAACAGCUGCUUCAGGCACUAGUGCAGGCAAUGGACGAGCAGAGUCACGGCUGUUUACGCCACCAGCAGCAUCAACUGGAGCGAAUGGAGCUGGUCCAGAGACACCCAGGCGUGGUCAGUGGCCACCCACGCCACCACCUGGAGGUGCAGUGUCUAGCACUCCUCCUUGCUCACCGAUGCGGCAAGUGACGCCCGUCUCGACUCCAAAGGAUCAGCAGUCGAGCAGCAAAGUCGAUGUACACACGCUGAAUGUCUUGCAGCGACGUGCAAGUGCUGCUGCACAGUACAACUCGACUAUACACGAGGUGAAAGGCACAGCUGGCGGUGUGCACUCGUACUCGGAAGAAGAGACGGUCGCGUUUACAGAGCACAUCAAUAACACUUUACAAGCGGACAAGGACAUUGCGUCGAUCAUGCCCAUUAGCGUGGACGCUGGUCUCUUUAGCGCCGUGUGCGACGGUGUGGUGCUGUGUAAGCUGAUCAACAAGGCCGUACCUGAGACGAUCGAUGAACGCGCUCUCAACUUUGUUAAGCCCACGAAGGAGCUCAACGUGUAUCAGAAAACCGAGAACCAGAACUUGUGCAUCAACGCAGCCAAGAGCAUCGGCUGCAGCGUCGUGAACAUUGGGCCCGAUGACUUGAUCGAAGGCAAGCAGAUUCUCGUGCUGGGACUGGUAUGGCAGAUCAUCAAGAUCCAGCUGUUGUCGACCAUCAACCUGAAAAAUCACCCUGAGCUCAUGCGGCUUUUGCUGGAUGGCGAGACGCUGGAAGCAUUCAUGAAGCUUCCUCCUGACCUCAUUUUGCUACGAUGGAUGAACUACCACCUGAAAGCUGCUGGUCACCCAAAAAAGGUGACAAACUUCAGCACGGACGUGCAGGACGCGACUGCUUAUAGCGUACUACUCCACCACAUUGCACCCCAAUACUGUGACUUCUGCAACGAGUCCAUUCCAGAGGAACGUGCCGCGCAUGUGAUCCAGAAUGCGCGUCGGUUGGAGGUCGAGACGUUUAUUAAACCUCGCGAUAUCACCAGCGGCAACCCGAAGCUGAACAUGUCAUUCGUGGCACAGCUUUUCAACACGUGUCCGGCGCUAGACGUUGUCGAAGAGGAGAUGAAGCAGCUCGAAGAGAUUCUGUACGAUGAUGUUGGCGACACGCGCGAAGAACGUGUGUUUCGAAUGUGGAUCAACUCGCUGGCGAUUGAUGACGUGUACGUGAACCACUUGUACUCGGACCUGAGUGACGGCAUGAAGCUUCUUAAGGUAUUGGACAAGAUCCAGAAAGGAAUCGUGGCCUGGAACAAGGUCAAUAUGGUAGCACCCAAUAAGUUCAAGCAGGUGGAGAACUGUAACUACUGCGUUGUGCUGGGCAAGCAGUUGAAGUUUUCGCUGGUAAACGUGGGCGGUGCCGACAUUUUCGAGGGCGCGAAGAAGAUGAUCUUGUCGAUUGUGUGGCAGAGCAUGCGGUACCAGCAACUGAAGAUGUUGAGUGCGCUCGCAGCAGGUCGUGGUGAGAUCACCGACAAGGACAUUAUCAGCUGGGCGAACGAAAAGGUCCGGCAGGCCGGACAGGUGAAGGGCAACAUCGUGUCGUUCCGGGACCCAAAUCUAUCUGACGGUCUGUACUUGCUGGACUUGGUGCACGCAGUCGAGCCUCGUGCCGUGAACUGGGACAUGGUCUCACAAGAGUCGACGGACGAUGCAAAGGCCAGCAACGCCAAGUACGCGAUCAGUUGCGCUCAGAAGAUUGGUGCGACCGUCUUUUUAACGUACGAGGACAUUGUGGAGGUCAAGCCCAAGAUGGUGAUGACGUGUGUCGCAAGCCUCAUGUUGGUGGACCACCAGCGUGCGUAG